AUGGUAAAGGACAAGGCUACAGUCGUCGUUGUAGGCGGCGGCGCAACUGGCGUUGGUAUCCUGCGUGACCUGUCGAUGCGUGGCAUAAAUGCACUGCUCAUCGAGAAGCAGGACAUGGUAAAUGGUGCCAGCUCCCGCUAUCAUGGUCUGUUGCAUUCUGGUGCGAGAUAUGCAGUAAAGGAUCAGGAAGCAGCCAAAGAGUGUAUCGAGGAGAACACUAUCCUGCGUAAGAUUGGUAAGUCCUGCGUAGAGGCUACCAUGGGUAUGUUUGUACAGGUUGAGGGCGACGAUCCUGACUUCGUACAGCCUUGGCUGGAUGGCUGUAAGGCCAGCGGUAUCAAGACUCGUGAGCUGAGCAAGGAAGAAGCUUGGCGUAUCGUGCCAAACCUGUCCCGCAAGCUGGUUUGUGCUUAUGAGGUUCCAGAUGGAGCUAUUGAUGGCUUCCGCAUGUCUUGGCAGAACUUGGAGUCCGCUGCUCGUUAUGGCGGUCGCUACAAGACCUAUACUGAGAUUAUCGGUGUAAAUGUGGAGAGCGGUCAGGUAAAGGGAAUUAAGGUUCGUGAUAACGUAACCAAAGAAGAAUAUGAGAUUGAGUGCGAGAUGCUGGUAAAUGCUGCUGGUCCAUGGGCUGGCAAGGUCGCUCAGCUGGCAGGUCUGGACUGUAAUGUAAGUCCUUCCAAGGGUACUCUGAUUGCUUUCAAUCAGCGUAUCACCAGCCACGUUGUAAAUCGUCUGCGUGCUCCAUCUAAUGGUGAUAUUUUCGUACCUCAUGGUUCUAUUACCAUUUUGGGUACUUCUUCCAUAACUAUUCCAGACCCAGAAGAUACUUCUACUUCAUGGGAUGAGGUUGAAGAGCUGAUGAAGACUGGUGAAGGCGUAUUUGAGCAUCUGCGUGAAUAUCGUAUGCUCCGCGUAUUUGCCGGCUCCCGUCCUCUGUAUGUUCCAAAGGGUGCUGAAGGCGGCCGUAAUGCUUCCCGUGGCUUUGUUACCAUCGACCAUGAGGCUGAAGACGGCUUGAAGGGCAUGAUGACUAUCUGCGGCGGUAAGUUCACCACCUAUCGUCUGAUGGCUGAGAAGUUCUGUGAUGUUCUUGAGCAGAAGAUGUUCAAUAAGAAGAGCCACUGCCGCACUGCUGAGGAGGAUCUGGUUCCUGCUGUUUCCGAAGAGGAGCGCAGAGCAGCUCGUCAGUAUUUCCCUGCUUAUGGUGUAAACCUGGCUGCUACUCGUCUUGGCGUAGACAAGUUCCCAGAGGUUGUAAAGACCCUGCAGGAGAAGCCAGAGACCCGCGAAGUUAUCUGCGAGUGCGAGAACGUAACUAUGGCAGAGAUUCAGCAGAUUGCAAAGGACCCAAGCAGCCACAGCGUUGCCGAUGUUCGCCGUCGUACACGUCUGGGCAUGGGUACUUGUCAGGGUAACUACUGUGCAAUCCGUGCUGCUGCUCUCACUCACAAGCUGUUUAAGGAAACCUCCGAAGAGAUUCCUGACACCUUGGCAGAUAUGAAGAACUUCUUGCAGGCACGUUGGAAGGGCAUUACCCCUGUUAUGAUGGGUAAGACCAUCCGCGAGGCAGAGAUGACAAGAGUUGUUAUCGGUAACGGCGUUGCCGGCUUGAUUUCCGCUUUGGUAAGUGCAAAUCAGGGCAAGAAGGUAACACUGCUGUCCUUCGGUGCAGGUACUUUCCCUCUGAACAGCGGUGUAAUUGAUAUUUUAGGCUAUGAUGACAAUGGCAAGGCAGUAGCUAAUCCUAUCGAUGCUAUUGCUAAUGUUGCUGAGGGUCAUCCAUAUAAGAAGAUUGGUGCAGCAACUGUUAAGGAGUCCGUUAAGUUCUUCAUGGACACUGUAGCUGCUGAGGGUAUGCCUUAUGUGGGUUCUGCUGAUAAGCAGCAGUGGCUGGUAACUGGUGUUGGUACCAUGAAGCCUACCGCUCUUGUUCCAGAGUCUAUGCAGGGUGCUAAGUGCUUCAACGCUUCCGAGAUUGUACUUGCAGGCGUGAAGGAUUUGAAGGAUUAUUACGUAGACAUGGUAAAGGAAAAUCUGGAGAAAUGGAUUCCAGGUAAGAAGAUUACCAUAACUACUAUCGACACCGGUAUCAAGGGUGGCCGCGAUAUGACUACUCGUGACGUGGCACUGUGGGCUGACACUGCAGAGGGCUAUAAUUCUUUAGCAAGCCAGCUGAAAUCCCACGCAGGCAGCGGCAAGGUUAUCCUGCUGCCACAGAUUCUUGGUACUAAGGGUAAUACCGUAUAUAAGAAGCUUACUGCUGAAUUAGGCUGUGAUGUAGUUGAGACUACUGGUAUGCCACCUUCUGUAAAUGGUCUUCGCCUGCGUGAUGCACUGGUUUCCGCACUGAAGAAGAAGGGUGCAACCAUCGUAGAGAAUGCAAAGGCUGAGGAAGCUGUUUUCAACGGCAAUAAGGUAACUGCUAUCAAGGCUGGUGGCGAGGUUCGCAUGCAGACCUAUUACGCAAACAAGUUCAUCCUGGCAACUGGCGGUUUCUAUAAUGGCGGUAUCACCAUGCGUGAUAUGGGCAAGGUUAAGGAAAUGGUAUUCGGGUUGGAUACUGAGGCUGAGUGCAACGAGGAAACUUGGGCAAAUAAGCAGCUGUUCUCCGACAAGAAGCAGGGCUUCGCAUUGGCAGGCGUGAAGGUUGAUGAUACUCUCCGCGGUACUGUUAAUGGCAAGCUGAUUGAGAACGUAUAUGUAGUAGGCCGUAAUUUGAGCGGUUAUGACUUCUGCUUUGAGCAUUCUGGCAAUGGCGUUGCAUUGUCUUCUGCGUACAAGGCUGCCAAGGCUUGA